AUGACGGACUCAGUGCCAAGUGAUAUAACUGCUUUCUCAAAUAAAAUUGCUUUACAAAUCGGUAUCGAAAAUGCAGAAAUAAAUUUACAUGGAGGCAAUGCCAAAGGGGAAGGAUACGCUGGAGAAAUACUAUUUAUCCAAUUAAAGGAUAAGAAUAAUGGUAAAGACCAACACAUUGUUGUAAAACGAUCAUUUGCUAGUAAUAGAAUUAGAGAAUUAGCCCCUAUAAGAGAGAUGUUUUUGAACGAAAUUCAAUUUUAUGAUACCAUUUUGCCGGCCCUUCAACAAUUUCAAGUGGAAAAUGGCUUUGAAAAGUUUGAUAAAAUAUCUAAGUGUUUAUUUACAAGCAAGGAAGACAACAAUGAAUAUUUAGUACUGGAAAACAUUAAAAAAAUAGGAUUUGAACUUUUCGACAAAACCAAAAUUUUAUCCUAUAAACAUAUUGAAGCAAUCUAUAAAACAUAUGCCUAUUUACAUGCAACUAGUUUUUUGUAUAGAAAAUACAAAACCGAAGAAUUCGACAAGAUGUUUCGAGGUUUAUUUAAUAUAUUUGAAGAGUUUAUGAAAGUUGAAUAUUCAAAAGCGAUGUGGACAGACAUGUUUAAUAUGACUGCCGAAAAAUUGAUUCCUGGCGUAGAUGAUGAAGUUAUAGCAGCAUAUGAUAAAUAUAUAAAACAUGGUCUUGACAUAAUCAAGAAGGCAUGGACCUAUGAAGGAAAAUAUCCCCUUCUUACACACGGAGAUUGUUGGAGCAAUAACAUGAUGUUCAAAUAUGAUGACAAUGGAAACGUAGCAGAUAUAAAACUUUUAGAUUGGCAACUUGUUAAACCAGGUACACCAGUUCAAGAUUUAUCCUAUUGUCUUUAUUCAGGAGCGUCACUGGAUACUUUCGAAAGACUAGACGAUCUCCUCAAAGUUUAUUAUGAGAAUUUUUCUGCAGUUUUGCAACAAUGUGGUGAAAAUUCAGAAGAAGUGUACCCCUUUACGACAUUGAAAGAAGAGUGGAAAGAAUAUUGUAAAUUUGGUUGGACUACGGCUCUGAUGGUGAUAAAAAUCAAAACUACGGAUCAAGAAGAUAAAGUAGACUUCGCUGAUAUUAGUACGAGUGACAAUCAAAGUGAAAUGGUUAAGAAAAUGAUUCACGGAACGCCAUCUAUAGAAUACGAUAGAAGAAUACGAGAACUCUUAUUGCACGUGUACAAAAUAGGUGGCAUGUAG